GACGCGCUACAGUGUUGUGACUUCAAAAUCUGCUCAACUCGAGAAACAUCAUUAAUCACCUUACUUAUCGCUAGAUUCUGAAACACGGCACAAAGGGCUUGUACGGGGAUUGCAGAUAGUCAAUUUAUUAUGUACAGCGUCAUAUCCUUUAUCAAGACUGUUGUUAACUAGGAUCGCCAUUUUUCCAAUAAACUGACGGGCAAAAGUCCACAAGCUGCUGUCUGUCGUGAUGGUUCAAGUGGCACAGUAUGCAACGAGAACCUUGUAUAGUGAUGUCGUAUAUCUUGGUAUCCUGACUAUACCCCACACGUUACUUUGUUGCGUAAAGCUGAACAUUGUAUUGAGCAGUUCUGUCAUUCAUGUGCAAGUUAAGUCAUUCAUUAAGAAUGGCCAGCGAAUAAUAUUGGACUAACUAGAGUAUUUCGCGUUUGUUUGCCACCGCACAAGAUGUAUUUCUAAAGGUAAAAGCGACCGGAUAAAGCUGUGCACCUGUUCUUCGUGCGCUUCACCUUCAAUGAACACCUGUCAAUCACGAUUCCUUUCAACCACUCCAUUAUUCAUUCGAAAGUGUUUAAUGUUGACUCCUUAGAAGAAUCAGUGUGGUCUUACCACCGUCUUCCUGCAUUCUGAGGAUUUUCCGAUCGAUGGGAAGCUAGAAGAAACAAUGCAAAGAUGAAUCAAAGUUUGCUCAGUUUGCUCAUGAGAAUCUGUGACUGUUUGAUGGUGUGUCGCGAUACAGAACAUAUUGGGGAAUUUUCUUGCAUCAGAGCCUCUAUAUAGGCGCUCAGUAAAAAGUUGGAAGAUGAAACAGUCGUCUGCCUGUUGAUGGAAAGAUCGUGUUACCACUCCCGAAAAGUGGCAAAUAUUUACCGAAAACCGCCAGUGAAAGGAAAACUCGAGCGUCACCAAAAAUGUUGCCGGCGAGAGUAACUUUAAUUAAACCGAGGAGCACAGCCCGUGUUGAUUCAUGAAUAUACCGGCUUCAUCAGCCAGUUCGUUCGUUAACAACUCCACACCUGACGCGUGCGCUUGUCGAGAACACUCGUGUUUUUAUUUUCUUCAGAGAGAAAUGAGUACCAUUUAAAUUCAGCUAGAGUGUCUCAUUUUUGCACUUGAAAUUCGGCCCUUUUCCGCAAAGGCGAUUGCGCUUGGUGCAGGUAAGUGAUAUUCAGUAUUGAAUUAAGGGAUUGCAGAUACACUGGGUAGAUGUUUCUGACCUGUACUCACUGUGUGUUCCUGACACCAGCAAUAGCCACAACUUGCUACCGUUCUUUGUACAAAAAAAUAAGCACUGGUAUGACAAGGAGUGAUGCAAUAUUCUGAGCUUCCUUUACGUUUUCUAACUAUUCAGGCAAGGGUUCAUGCGAGAUAUAAGCUUGUCCAGUUCUUGGUGGUGGAGUUUUCAAACCCAUUCGGAUCAAGCUACAAGGCCAUGUCCAAGUCUUGUGUCUAGAGCUGAGUCUAAGUCAUAGCCAUGCAGUUGCAAAUACGUGGUGGACACGUAGGGCCUAAACGUAGCUCUAGAAGCUCAUUUCAGAAACAGUAAGACACGGCCUAAUAGUUACCUACCCUGAACUAAAUUUCAUCCUCCAAACCAACACAUAAACUGUGCGGUUGCCGUUCAUUGUAUUAUGUUGACGAUUGCGUUUCUAUUUUCUACAGCAUAUUGACACUGGCGAUCGGCUCGACUGAGGCAAUGCAUGGUCUGUUUCAACACAACGGAUAAUCCCCUCCAAUUCAUCCCGAAUGCCAAGGAACGAGUACCUACAAAGUGUCAUGGCAACUUUAUGACUGAGUGUGUCUGGCAUUCUCUGGUCAAGAAUGACGUAAACAUUUGAAGUACUGCCUGUGAGGUAGUGUUUCGGUACAGUCUGCACGCGGUUGUCUGUGAAAUGCGUUGACGGUGAGAAGUUUUUCGAUUCGUAACAUCAAACAGAAAUGGAUUUUGUUGAUGCAGGACCAGACGAAACUGGUCGCAAACAAGUGAAUGGGUCAAAAUCAAGGCAUGCUAUGUCGCUAAUAGCAAAGCCUCAGGCUCAACUUGAGCAGGUACAUGACGGCACUUUCUCAUCAGAUGAUGAGAAACAUGGCUGUGCUAGCAGCCAUCUGGAGCAGGUCACGUGUACUGGGGUGCAGGUGAGUUACCCGAAAGGACCAGGGCGAGAUUUUCAUUCAAGGCUGACGACAAGGACAUUUCUGGAACCUGAAAAUGGAGAGGGGAGUUCGAGUGGGACGGGCCUACGGUUGCCGUCAACGCGUGUGACCGUCUACCCGCAGCGGGACAUCAUCAGCUCAUUGAAGGGGAGACGGGACUUCUCCCUCCCCAGGCUCGACGUCCUUAAGGUGCAGCUGGAAACCCGCGGGACUGACGAGGAAUACAGUAACUCACCCAGGUCGCUCUCAGUCUCGAGCUCCGCUUGGCUGCCAGCGUGUUGGGGUCUCGGACGGACGCAUAGCGCGGAUUCGUAUUUCCAACAAGGAAGGCGGCACGCGGAGCGAGGUGGGCAUUUCGAAACACGCGCGCAAAUGGAGCGGGCUUUCAACACGUACGUGAAAUCGAAGUCACAGCCACCGGAGCCACCAGGUAGACCCAACACAACCACGUCUAGCUCCAGGCAAGCCUCUGCGUCUUCGAACCGCGGCGACGCUACGGCGGGUAAAACCGGGACAUUGACUUGGUAUAGCGCCCCCAAUCGACAGAGAGUGGUUCGUAAAUCGCCUCCAUGGCGAUCGUUGAUGAACAGGCGCCCUCGCGGUGUGCGUGCAGAUAACACCAACUUGUGCCCCUACCAUUGUCGUUGUUGCUUCAACGAAGUGAAUGAUAUCGAAAGCACUACCAUCUAUAAAAUGGACCUUGGAGCUCUGUAAUAACUCUCUAAAUUCCAACUUGUGAAAACUCACUCCGUUUGAAACUACUGAAACAAGGGACUAGACGAAUCUGAGUGAAAUUUAUUCACUUGAAUAUUGGAGAUUUUAUUCGAGUUCUAACUUGAGCAGAUCUUCUCGACUCUAUCCCAAUUUAAAUUUAUAGUCAGUCAGUGCAGUAUUCCAUCGGCGCGAGCCCAAAAUGAAACGCUUCCGAGGUUAUUAGGGAACAUCAAUUUGCAAGGUCUGUCCUGCACCCACUCACUCGCGUGCUUUGCUCUCGAAUGACCUUGCCUUUUGGAAAUACCGAACCGGCUCAUUGGUCUAGUCCCUAGUUUCAGUCUUUGGAAGUAAGGGGGAAAUGUUACAUAGUUCACGUUGGAAAUGAACUUAUAAACGUUUCAUUCAAGGGUAAAUUUGAGCAAGAAUGACAGAUGGCCACAUGUUUCGUAUCAAAGGGAGAAAUUUGCCAAAGUUUAGAAUACCCGUUCUAAUUUUUCAGAAAACUGAAAAACAGAAAAAUCUCCUAGUUGAGUUGCUCCUUUCAAUUGGCAGGUUGUGAAGAUUUCUAUGGACGGUGUCAACAGUAUUACCAGAAAAUCGUUUUAUAGAAGAGUCUGACCAAUGGCGCUCAGAGCACAAUUUCCUAAAAUUCCUCCAAGCACCUUCUUAUCGAUUUAAUGCUUAUCAGCAACCACGUACACUCAGUGGCGAAAAUUGAUGGGGGGCUACUUUUGUCAUAGUCCAUUUCGAAUUCUUGCAACUUGUUGGCUUGUGAUUGGUUACUUAAUCACUUUUCACUGGUUGCUUUAUUACAAUAUGGGCCCGCUUCAGUAUGGGCAAACACCUGAACAAGAUUUUCCGUGGGCAAUCUUGGGGUUUUUUUUGGCGGGGAGGGGUGGCAAACAUUUUGCAUUUUUUUUUCAUAAAUCCCUUUUAUGACCUUGAGGAGGCUACAGAUUUGGAUAAUUUUUACGUGCUUCGGGAAAAAAGAGAAA